AUGCCGUCGGAGCGUUACAGCUUUUCUUUGACCACAUUCAGUCCAUCUGGGAAAUUGGUCCAGAUCGAAUACGCAUUAGCAGCGGUUGCAGCAGGUGCCGCUUCGGUUGGCAUCAAGGCCACAAAUGGCAUUGUUCUUGCGACUGAGAAAAAGCACAAAUCGAUUCUCUAUGAAGACCAAAGUGUUUUCAAAGUGGAAAUGAUUACUAGCCACGCCGGAAUGGUUUACAGUGGUAUGGGUCCUGAUUAUCGUCUUUUGGUGAAGCGAGCUAGAAAGAUUGCGCAGCAGUAUCAGUUGAUGUAUCAUGAAGAAAUUCCCGCCUCGCAACUUGUUCAGCGGGUUGCAGCCGUGAUGCAAGAGUACACUCAAUCCGGAGGUGUGCGUCCAUUUGGAGUUUCCCUCCUUGUAGCCGGAAAAAUGCCGGCCAGAUAUAAAGUGACAAAAGACUGGAAAGAACGUGUUCGGCGUGAACACGAAAGAAUUCUCCGCGUUGAAAAAGUUCAGAAGCGGGACCUGGUUUGUCAAGUGUAUGCCGGCGAUCUCCGUCAAACGAAAAACCAACCUGUUUCAAGAAUCGUGCCAUGGCCGGAAAAUUUCUACAAGCCCGUUUCGGAAAAGAAACACAAGCCAACCCCGCAAAACUUCGCCACAUUUCAACUAAAUGUUGGCCCGGAAAGUUCACAAACGACAUUGUUCAUGCACAAACUUCCUGCUCAGAACAAAAUCCCGGGCAUGUUUUGUUACGCUCCAAGUCAACGCAAUUUCAUGGUGGAUGACGAGACGGUACUGCAUAAUAUGCCUUACAUGGGCGAAGAAAUUCUCGACUCCGACAAAGAUGGUUUCUACGACGAACUCUUGUCGAAUUAUGAUCAUCAAGUUCACGGUGACGAUCGGUCGAAAAUUCCGGACAAAUUGGUUUAUGCAUUGGUGAAAGCUCUCGAGCCAUUCCUUGAAGAGGAAGAAUCGAAAGAGAAGGCAGAACAGUCUGAAGGAUUUGGAAAGCCGAAAGAAAGAAGAAACGAGAUUAAAGAAGACGAAAAGGACGACGAUAAAAAGUUGAAAAAGGAUCUGAAGGAAGAAGAUAAAGAAUCUGCUCGUUCAAUCGCCUUGCGAGCAAAGAGAAAAACCGCGGAGGCGGAAGGAGAUGAAAAGCGAAAGAAGCGAGACAAAGACGACGGAUCGAAGGAUAAAAAGAAGAGUGAAGAAUGUGAAGAAGAAGCCAUUCCAGAGGGAUCUACGUUCAAGAGUCAUCCGUUGUUUAAAAUUUUCGUAGCCAUUGCUGGCACGUUGUUCGAGCAAGCCACUCCGGACACCAUUGCGGAGAAGUAUAACCGCCACGCGGCGGUCUUGAAGGGCGACGCCGAUGCCACCCAGAAAACGCCGAAUCUUGACGGACCCGAUGCGCAAACCGUCCCUGCUUCUGAAGUCCUGCAUUCCUAUCGGAUGCUCUUCUGUCGGCGAUGCUACAUGUUCGACUGCUUUUUACAUCGACAAGAUUCGAGUUAUCUUGGACCCAGUGGUUUCAGCAAGAAACUCAUGGAUGUUCCUUUCCCAGCAACACCAUGCGGACUGGACUGUUACCAGCACUUGCCUGGAGUGAACAAGCAUAAUCCGGUUGUUGAGGACACAGAAAGCAAUGCCAGUGAAGAUUCUUGUAGCAGUAAAUCCCUUCCGGCCUUUGUUUCGGGUUCUCGCGUGUCUUCUCGACCAUUCGGUUUCUUGAAGCAUGGCUCAAUCUCAUGGGGCGCAAACGCAGGGAACGGGAAAGAAGCAUCGUCGCCUGUUUCUUCGUCCAUGCCUUCAUUUCCGAGUUCUGCGUCGCAAACUUGUGAAUCAAGUCAGAAUAAUUCUCCCGGAGACUACAUUGAAUUUUUGGGAAAAACUGUGAAUCCAGUGCAAGGUUUAGAAUUGCCGAAGCAAGCAGUGAAACGGAAAGCGUUGCAAGAAAGCUUGCCAUGGUUGCCAGCUGAGGAAACGCUUUACCGAGUUUUGGCGCAGACGUGGAAAGGUAAUCCAUGUGCUAUCUCCUUGAUGAUGGCGUCCCGUACUUGCGAUGAGGUCUACAAAUUCAGCCAAACCCCUGCCGGUCAGAUUGGUACUGAAUCCGAGGAAUCGAUGCUGGGUGCGCUCGCGGAUGCCCGUGGGCAAAAGGAUGUGACCCCUCCGAGGAAGAAGAAACGUAAGCAACAACACCGUCUCUGGGCUUUGCAGCGAAGGAAGAACCAGAAUGGGGGUAAAAGCGAGUCCUUGGGGCUGGGAUUGAGCAAUAGUAAUUACGUGCCGUGUAAUCACCCGGGCAAAGCGUGUGACGAAGAAGGCGCCAAUUGCAUUUGCGUUCAAAAUCGAACGUUUUGCGAAAAAUUCUGCAUGUGUCCGUCUAGCUGUCAGCAUAGAUUUCUGGGCUGUCAAUGCAAAGGACAAUGCAAUACAAAGCAAUGUCCAUGCGUCACUGGCGUCAGGGAAUGCGACCCCGAUUUGUGUAAAAGCUGCGGAGCUCACGAAUUUUUGGUGUCGAAAAUUUCCUGCAAAAAUGUGUCGAUCCAGCGUGGCUUGAGAAAACGACUAUUGCUAGCACCGUCGGACGUUGCGGGCUGGGGUAUUUUCCUUAAAGAUAGUGCAGAAAAAAACGAAUUCAUUUCGGAGUACUGCGGAGAAGUGAUCUCUCAGGAUGAAGCUGAUCGUCGAGGAAAGGUGUACGACAAGCACAAAACGUCUUUUCUGUUCAAUCUUAACCAGGAUUUUGUGGUGGACGCGACACGGAAGGGCAACAAAAUCCGUUUUGCGAAUCAUUCUGUGAAUCCUAAUUGUGCCGCGCGAGUAGUGAUGGUGAAUGGUGACCAUAGGAUAGGAAUAUUUGCCAAGCAAGCCAUAGCCCCCGGGGACGAGCUAUUUUUCGAUUACCGUUACAAUCCGAAGGAAGCAUUGAAGUUCGUGGGAAUCGAACGAGAAACGGACGGCGCCAUUGUUAUACCUGCUCCCUGAAGCGGUUGGUCAUUUUUGGAAUUUAUGGAAUCAUUGAGACUCAUUUAGUAGCUGUACUGAAAUUGAAUCGAUCGGUUCAAGUCGAAGAUUUGAGCGUUGAUCUUGUAUACAUGCCAGGAAGAAUUGAUUCCAAGAACUGUUCUCGUCAUUUGUGGCGAAUGAAGCGAAGCCUUGUCGGGGUCGUCGCUUAGGUUCACUGAAACUCUUUAGGCACCCACAUUUUUUUUUUCAAUAUUUUCGUUCUCUAUGAGAAUAAUGUAUUCAUUUUUUUUUUACAGAUGUUCAGCUUUGUAAUUUUUUAAACUGCACUUCAACGACUGAUGUCCAAUGUGUAUUGAAUGAAUUUCAUGAUUGGGCUUCUCAGCUGAUAAAUGUAUCUGUGAAAAUUGAAAGCAA